CGAAUUACGAUUCGCUCCUUGUCAUCACUAAGCCUCCAAAACCCUCGCCGAAUCCCUCUGACCCGCGUCUCGGGACGACCUGCAAGCUCCAAGCAUAUCGGAAAUGGCGUCUUCACUCGCUCUCCGGAGAGUCGCCGCCGCCUCCAGCGUCUUGUCCAGGCUGACCAAUCCGCUCCGCGCGGCCUCCAUCGCCCCUAAUGUGACUCGGCCCUUCAACACCAGCUCUCAGAUGAGGCGCUACGACGACGACGACGAGAGCGUCGUCGACGUCGAGCGCCGCACCAAUAGUCCCUUCUCCUCGGUCAUCGACCUUGGUCCGUACUCAGAUGUGUUUGAUCCAAUAUGGCCGGCUAGUCGGAGCCUGAGCAAGGUGCUGAACCUGAUGGACCAGCUCGCGGAGAACCCGUUCUUUGCUGCUUCCCGCGGAGUGGGAGCGACUGGAUCGAGGAGGGGCUGGGACGUGAAGGAGGACGACAAUGCCCUCUCCCUCCGGAUGGACAUGCCUGGCCUCAGCAAGAAGGAUGUGAAGGUCUCCGUGGAGCAGAACAUCCUGACGAUCAAGGGCGAGGCCGAGAAGGAGUCGGGGGAGGAGGAGAGCGGGAGGAGGUACUCGAGUAGGCUGGAUCUUCCGCCAAACCUGUACAAGCUCGGGGAGAUAAAGGCGGAGAUGAAGAAUGGUGUGUUGAAGGUGGUGGUCCCCAAGGUGAAGGAAGACGAGAAGAAGGAUGUUUUCCAGGUUACGAUUGAAUGAAAUGCUGAGAAAGUCGGAGAAGGGAUUUCUUUUGGGAGGUGAAGGUGCUAUCUUACUUUUUUUCCUUUUUCUAGCAGUAAGUUCUAUCUGGUGUUUCAAGCCGAGACUCAUUAGACAAUGUUCUUCCGCUUGCUUGGGUUCUUGAUGAGUAUCGAGACCUGUCUUUUUGUAAA